AUGGCGCCUUCUACCACCAUCUAUCUCGUCCUGGCGAUGGCUCUUCUUCUCGCUUUCUGCCAGACUGGCGCCUCUGUCUUAGAUACAGUAAAUGGGUCUGUGACCACCUUGGCUGAUGGGAUCGGGGCCCGGCGCAAUCUGCUCCAGAUGGUAGCCAACUCACAAUGCACAGCGGCCGGACAGUACAUUGCGGACACAUCCGUCUCCUGCACCAAAAACUGGCAGUGCACCGGCAACGGGCAGGCGUCCUACAGGAGCUGCCCUAUUGGGAGUGCCUUUAAAACUUUCAUCGGCUGCGUGAAGCAUUCCUAUGGUCGGGGCGCCGGCUCCCCGCUUCAUGCGUGCCCCUCCGACCAUCCCUCCCGAGAGAACAGUCUCUGCUAUGCAAACUGUCCUGGUGGCUACUCUGGAAACGCCUUCAUGUGCUACCAGAACUGCCCAAGUGGUUUCGCAAACACGCCUCUGACUUGCACAAAGCCAUCUGUGUACGGCCGAGGUGGUGGCUACUGCUGGUUCUUCAACAACCCUCAAGCGAAUUGUGAGCGCGACAACGGCGCUGGGAACUGCGAAAUGUGGGGCACGUGCUCGUACCCCAAGUGCCAAGCCAACUUCUCCCCUUUCGCUUGUUGCGUUUGCUCACCAAACUGCCCCGGAGGUUGGAGUGACUUCGGCGUGGGCUGUUCCAAGCCAGCCUACAAUCGUGGCGCCGGCGUUCCCAUGCAGUGCGGCUCCAAUGAGGACCAGAACGGUGCCCUGUGCUACCCACCAUGCACCAAUGGAGCCAAAGAGGAAAUUCUACAAUCCGCUGCAGCCAUUGUCAGUUGCGCAGCGACCACAAUUGCAACCAAUGGUGCGGCAGCCGCAUGCUUCGUUUCUGCAAUAGCGGAGGCGACUCUUGUUACUGCUCCAACGGUUGCGGUUUUCUGGGGAGAAAAAAUAGAUGGAUUGUGUCACAGCUUGCCGAGUUGUGCAAUACUCCAUCAAGCCGGCCUGCAUGAUGCCACUCAGGCGGACGGGGCCUUUCUCGAGAAAGGAAGGAAAGAGGGGAAAGGGAAAAGUAUACCAGGAAAGAGGCGGAGAAAAGGCCUCCAGCAAGUUUCUCGAGCUGCCAUGGAGAGUCUCCCAAACGACGUCGUUUCCGUCGUUCUUCACAAGCUGGCGGUGCAGGAUCCCCGGUCUCUGCUACGCGCCACUUUUGCCUGCGAAGCGUUCCACCGGGAGGCUGAAAGUAACCGGGGCAUCUGGAAGGACGCCUUCUUCGGCGGAGACUCGAAUUCUGCUGGGGACUACUGCAAAGACGAGAAAGUCGAAGCAGAGAUCCUGGCUUUGGGUGGCUAUGAGCAGAUGGUGAAAGCUCGGUGGGCUGUGCCGGGGUGUUUGUUCCCUGAACAAAAGCAGGGAGAUGCGUCGGUAAUCGGGGUCGGCAGAUUGGAAGACAGCUCAGCUGGGGAGUAUAAGCUGAGCAAACACCUGGUCGUCUUGAGGGAGAAAGGGCGACCUUUGCUGUGGGGCUUGCUGCUUCAGGACCGCCCGGAGACUCUGCGGGAGGUGGGCGAUUUCGGUUUCAAGAACGCGUUUCGGGGCGGAUCUCCCGACAGGAUUUGCUUGACUCUCUUCACUUCUCGGCUGGAGCCAGUCUCUUCGAAAGACGAAAGGGAAGGUCACUUGAAGAUGAAGCUUAAGGGAAGUGGACGAGUAAUGCAGAGGGCCGAUCUCGAUCUGGAAAUCUAUAAUUAUAUGAACGUCGCAUCAGAGGCUUCAGAUGCAUCAGCAGAUUCAGAAGACACCGUCACAUCAGAGGUUUCAGAAGCAUCAAAAGAUUCCGAAGACGUAAUGUCAGACGAUAGUCGGUCUUGGGCGUGCGAUCUCGACUACGAGGGCAGAGACAAUGUUUGGGCGUCUAUAUCUGAUGGGGAGUUCUUCUACGUUAGAUAG